AUGAGUAUUUUAGAUUCUUCUUUAUCAAGUUAAAGCUCUAUAAUUGUAAAUUAGAUACCAUUAUUCGGUUAGCUAGAUAUUAAUGAUUCUUAGAAUUAGAAAAAUGAUGAAAAUAAUGUAGUUGGUUAAGAAGCAGAGCAAUCAAAAGAUGUUUAAUAUAAUUCAUCUUUAUUUUAGGAUUAAUAAACACUAUCUGAGGAUAAGUUAGCAAUUCCUAAAUAUAAAUAACUUUUAAAAAAGAAAGUCAGCAGAAAAAAAGUGAAUAAAAUGAAAAAAGUUGAUUACUCUAUAAUUAAUGUAGCUGAUUCAUAUUUAUUUAAUUAGAUUUUCUAAUUUCAAAAACAUUACAUACUGCCUGGUGGGAUUAUAAUUGAAUUAGAAUGGUAAAAGGAUCAAAUAGAUCAUUAAGUAGUUGGAUCACUGAAAACUAUAGAACAUGUAAAUAAAUUUAAUGAUGGAGUUAUUUCUAUCUAUGUAAAUAAUACAGCAAUCGUAUCACAUUACGAAUAUGUAAUAAGUUUGCUAGAAAGAUCAUAAGACUAAGACAAAUACUAUAUUUCUAAGCUAAUAAGACUAUAUUAGGCACCAAUUAGUCUACUAACUCAUCAGAUAAUAUAGAUUAUAGAUAGAUAUGAAGAAAAAUAACUUAUUGAUAUUGUUUAGAAAAGAAAGUAGUUCAUUGAAUAAAAAGCCUAGGAAUUAUCUUAAACUUACUUGUAAGGAGAUGAAUUUACCACGCUUGUUACAUUCUAAAUUAAUUGGGAAUAGAAAACUACACAAUUAACUAGCUUUUAUUUUUCUAAAGCAAUAUUAGCUUUGCUAGGAACAGUAAAUGAGGAUUAUAUUAUAUAUGUAAUGAGAAAUGGACUUUUUUAAAUGUUUAAUGGGUAUAGCAGAAGAAAAAUUAUGGAAUGCUCUAUUAAAUAUUAUAUAGAUCAACAUAGAGUAUUUGAAGAAAUACCCGAUUUUGAGUUGAUGACCUUGGAUAAUAUUGUAAUUAAGUGUUGCACUUAGUUACAUACAUUUAGAGUUUAAUUCCCAGAAGAGUUGCAGUUUUUUAAUGAAAAUUAGAGCUAAAUAAAUGGAAUUGAAAGUGUUGUCCUUUUUAAAUUUAUUUUAACUUAGGAGCAUCUAGAAAGAAUAAUAAAAUUAAGAUAAUAAAUUAUUGACUAAAACUCUGAAAUUUACUCUCAAAAUGGCUAAUCAGAGGAUCAAGAAAGCAAAUAAAUUGCAUAAAACUUUGAAUAUUAUAUGUAAUCUGAGCUAUUUUUGCAAAAAUUUUAUAAUGAAAAAUACGAAAGCAUAAUUAACACAAAAAAAAAAUAGCAAUAAGUGUGUUCAUAUAAACCCAUUGUUGUAUGA